ACAGAUUGAACUGAACUCCACCUAUCGGCUCACUUCAAUGUGACUGUCAGCGCUAUUUGUCUUCACUGUGAAACCCGGUGGGGCAUCUGAUGGCGAUUUACGCGUGGACUCAACGAAACACGGCGCUAUUCGGACCGUUUGGGUGUUUCAGUGAUAAACACCGCAUAUGAUCUUCACGAUGAAGGUCUGUCAGCUUUCACAUCUGCUUUAAAAUGACCUCUGUGAAGAUCAGGAGAACCGGAGAAAAGUUCAUCUGACGAACUUCACGCGCAUUAGCCAGCGCCGCUAGCUGACUUUAAACGACACUUCUUUUUUAACAUACAAACGCUGUUUAAUUCAUUCACAAUGAAGAUGUAAAGAUAUGUAAAUAGUAUUUAUAGUCACUUUUACAAUGACUACGUUUUAAGUUUAGCUGUUGUUCGUGUUUAGUGCGGUGUUAGCUUGAGAGUUGCUAACUUAGCUGUUUCUGUCAACUACCUCUUUAGUCAGAACAUGCUGGUUUCGUGAAUAUUUUACGUUGAUUUAACCACAAAACAGUAACAGUAUUGCGAUUUAUUGCUGUUUAUGUCAUCUGAAAAGAUUGUUCAGAAAGUUUUUUCCUCAAAGUUUACUCGGACGUUUUUCUGAGGAAAUGCAAAUAUACACAAAUGCUAUUUGUUAACAUACAGGAAGAUAAUACAGAGAAAUAAAAUAUAAAUGCUUAAGUUUUAGCUUAUGUUAAAGUCAACUUUUGUGUCAGAGCAAACUGUCGCGAUCUCUUAUGUGACGUCAUAGGGGGACGCGAGGCUUUACAUGCAGCUCUCCAUGCUGUUAUAUAAACAUUUAUUAUAUAUUUUAUCUUACGGGUUGCUAACAUUUGAAAGUUAGUUUACACACAUAGCUGUUCAACAAGCUUACUAGCAUUACAUUUCCUUUCAUUUUGAAUGAUCUAGUAUCAAUAAGCUACAAAAACAUGUCUGUGUAUUCAAAACUGCCUUCACAGCUGCAAAAGCCUCUUGCAAGAAAGGCCUUACUCCUCCUGGUUGCUCUAUAUGGGGCCAAAAAACUUUCUCCUUAUAUAUAUGGCAGACUAAAAGGAAAGACUAGUAAACAACAAAAAGCCUCUGACCCGGUUACCUCCAACGGAGAAGCCCUCGAAGUUGCGGAGGCGAGGAAAAAGAAAAGGGGUCCAGCUGUGAACCGAGAAUUCUUGGAGAGGUUGAUUCAUCUCCUGCGAAUUCUCUUUCCCCGGUUUUUCUGCAAAGAACUCGUCCUGCUCGGUUUCCACUCUCUCGCCCUCAUCUCGCGCACUUUCCUGUCCAUUUACGUGGCAAACCUAGAUGGCCACAUCGUGAAAACCAUCGUGAAGAAAGACCCGAGGGCGUUUGUGGUGGAGUUAGCCAAAUGGCUGCUCAUCGCCAUUCCCGCAACUUUCGUAAACAGUGCCAUACGAUAUUUGGAGGGUCAGCUCAGUCUGGCCUUUCGCACCAGGCUGGUCACCCAUGCCUACAUGCUGUAUUUCAGCGAUCAGACAUACUACCGCGUCAGCAACAUGGACGGCAGGCUGGCGAACCCUGACCAGUCCUUGACAGAAGAUAUGGUCAUGUUUGCGGCCUCUGUGGCUCAUCUGUACUCGAACCUCACCAAGCCCAUUCUCGACGUGGUGGUGACUUGUUACACGCUUCUGAAAACCGCCGAAUCGAAAGGUGCCAACACUACAUGGCCCUCAAUGAUAGCUGGCAUCGUGGUGGCGCUCACUGCCAAGGUCCUGCGAGCUUUCUCGCCUCGCUUUGGUAAACUGGUGGCUGAGGAAGCGAGAAGAAAAGGAGACCUGAGAUACAUGCAUUCACGCAUUAUCGCCAAUUCAGAAGAGAUCGCCUUCUACGGCGGUCAUAAGAUCGAGAUGUUGCAGCUGCAGAGGAGCUACACGGCGCUGUCCGAGCAGAUUAACCUGAUACUGUUUAAGAGGUUGUGGUACGUCAUGUUGGAGCAGUUCCUCAUGAAGUAUCUCUGGAGUGCUUCAGGUCUGGUUAUGGUCGCUGUGCCCAUCAUCACUGCUACCGGAUACUCUAAAUACGAUUCAGAGGAUGUGAAGCAGGCAGCAUUGGUGAUGAAGGAGGAGGAUUUGGUAAGCGACCGCACGCAGGCCUUCACCACAGCCCGAAACCUUCUGAACGCUGCUGCUGACGCUGUAGAGAGGAUCAUGAGCUCGUACAAGGAGGUCACAGAACUGGCUGGAUAUACGGCCCGUGUGCAUGAGAUGUUUGCCGUGUUUGAGGAUGUGCGUGUCGGGGUGUACCGGCGCUCGGCUGCAGAUAUAAAGCCAGAGACGAGCGGAGCCCAAGAAGUUAAACACGGCGUGAGGGUGGAGGGAGCGCUUCAGAUCAGAGGUCAAGUGAUUGAUGUGGAGCAAGGCAUCAAAUGUGAAAACCUGCCCAUAAUAACCCCAACAGGAGAUGUGGUGGUAUCCUGCCUGAACAUCCAGGUUGAAGAAGGAAUGCAUUUGCUGAUCACAGGACCCAAUGGUUGCGGUAAAAGCUCUCUGUUCAGAAUCCUGAGCGGUCUGUGGCCGGUUUACAGCGGCGUUCUCUACAAGCCUUCACCUGAGCACAUGUUUUACAUACCUCAAAGGCCUUACAUGUCUGUGGGAAGCCUGCGAGAUCAGGUCAUUUAUCCUCAUUCAGUUGAAGAGAUGAAUGAGAAAAACAUCACAGACAAACAUCUGGAGGACAUCCUUAAAACUGUGAACCUUUGCUAUAUCCUGGAAAGAGAAGGAGGAUGGGAUGCAGUUAACGACUGGAAGGACGUGUUGUCUGGAGGAGAGAAGCAGAGGAUGGGCAUGGCCAGGAUGUUUUACCACAAACCCAAAUACGCUCUCCUGGACGAGUGCACGAGCGCUGUGAGUAUUGAUGUGGAAGGGAAAAUCUUUGAAGCUGCAAAGGAUGCUGGGAUUGCGCUACUGUCUAUUACACACCGCCCUUCUCUCUGGAAGUACCACUCCCACCUGCUGCAGUUUGACGGCGAGGGCGGCUGGCGCUUCGAGAAACUGGACGCCUCCACGCGUAUCUCCCUGCAAGACGAAAAGCUUCGGCUGGAGACGCAGCUCUCGGGAAUUCCCAAGAUGCAGCAGCGCCUGGUGGAGCUGUGCCGCAUUCUGGGGGAGGACAGCAGCCUGCCGAGCACGGAGGAGGUGGAGGAGAGAGAGCAACAGCAGGAGGAGGAGGAGGAGGAGGAGGGAGAGGGGAUGUCUGCUGCUGGAAAAGGCAAAGGCCUUAUGGAGUGAUUAGCAGACAGAUGUAUUCAAGGCCAGGGAGGGUGAGGGAUACGAGACAGCUGCCAGCACGAGCAGGUGCGACUGUUGAUGAAAGCACCUAUGAAAGCCGUUCCUCUGGCUUGUUAUCGCUUUUCUCUGAAGAAUUCUCUGGAAAUCUUUGGGACCUGUGCGUCAGUGUUUGUCUUUAGGGAAAAAGUGCGAGUGAAGUUUGAAGCUCUUAUUCUUCUGUGUCUACUGUGCACUUAUGCAUCGAUGGUAGAUGCUGUAGUUGAAAUCCGUGCCAUGUUUUACUGCAAAAAAAUCUUCGGUAUAUAUGAUGAUGAUGAUAUAACCGUAAUUGUUUUUAUCAUAGAUAUGGACUAUUAUUGCAUGUAUAUUGCCGUUUCACGCUAUAGAAAGCUCUGUCUAAAAGAUUUGUUUUGUGGGUGUUGAAAGAACCGUGUCUGUUUAAAUCAGAGCGGGAAUCCAGCAAAUUGGAUUUCCAAAAGCACAACUGCCAGCUGGAUUGCCGAAUUGGGUUUUUAAAAACCUUUUUGACAUCUUUAAUGGAUGUCUAUAUUAGUUUGUUGAAUUUAUCUCAGUUUUGAGGUGCACAAUGAUGUUCACAGGCACUUACAUGUGAAUCAGAAAA